GGUGUCUUAAAGCGGCAGUUGCACCUCAGCCACACCCGGAUGAGCCAUGUAGUCGGUCUGCUUUCCGCACUACAGCGGACAAUUGUUGCUUCUGCGCCUACAGGUGGUACACUUUCUUAAACUUUUUAUUACUCAUCUAGAUAAAAUUAAGUGACGCAUUAGUGGAUUUUAAUAAUAAUCCUCAAAUUUAGUAUGUAAGUGGAUGAGUAUUAAAAACAGUGAUUAAAACACGAGUCAGUCUGUCAGCUCUAUGAAGCUUUGACGAGGGUGAGUGGUUGAAGUGGUAGUGGUAAUGGGGGUGGUUGUAAUAGUAUAUACGUCGUGUACAAGUCUCAACAAUAUCAACUUGAUAGAUUUUACAAUAGUACUAACUCUAUGAUAAUAAUGGACUAAUAACUCAAAUGGUGGUUUAAAUAUUCACGUUUAUUGUUUCUCAAUCUAUUAAUCAAAAUCUAACGCUGUAAAGAAUAAGCAGAAAAAUAAAAGCACUCGACAAAAUGCAAUGCUCAAGUAUCGAUUAUAACUAAAAUAGCGAACGAGCGCGGUAGCUUCAGUCGACCUGUUGUCCCACUUGUUGCUCAUCCUGUGGCAUUUGCCUUAAUGAAGCCUCUUCUGAAGGCAAAUCGAAAAAGAUUAAUUAUUAAUUAUGAAAGAAACAUAAAUAAUAUAGACACCAUGCAAGACACGGGUAUAUUGUUUGAUUAUUAUCGGAUCGACGACGCUAAUAAUAUUAAUAACUUAAGAAUAAAAAUGUAUAAACUAAACUUAUACUUUUAUAUCUACAAAAUAAAAUAGCUUUAUAAAGCUAAUGAAUAAUAAUACGAUCGUAAUAAUGAAUUAAUAAUAAACAAUAUUAAAUUAUAGUAAGUAAAAAUUAAUUUCCACCCACAUAAAUACAACGAAAGCAAUAUUAAACAAGGUAAAUUUAAAUGUAGUAAUUAUAAUUCAACAAAGAGAUGCAUUUAUUAUCGUACAAUUAAAUAAAACUAGAAAAAUAAUCAAUUUAAUAAACUUUAUUUACAAUAUUAAUUAAGAGUGAUUCUCUUUAGUCAAAAAAGUCCACUACUUAAUAUUGAUCUAACUAUUUAGCUCAUUUUGUGAUGAAUUGUAUGUUAAUACUAAAAUUAAAUAAAUGUCUUUAGAAGAAUUAUGCAACGACAAAUUAUAGAAUUUAAAUUAAUAAUUCCAUCAAAUACAUCAAGUUUUUAAUAAUCAAAAGAAAUAAGUCUACUAAUAAGGAUUAACACCUUUUUUAUAAAUGAAAAGUUGUGCUAUUAACAUCGUAAAACAUCGCAAAAUUUAAGAUAAAAGGAUAAUUUAACACUUAAGAUUUGUUUAAUUACGCUGUUCACGUUCCUCUUUUUUUCUGAGUGUAUUAAAACUGGCCAUCAUGCCGCGAUGUUACAUGGUUAAAAAAGCAUUAUGCAACAAAUAUAUGAGUGUUACGAGGGGGUUCGAAAAUUGGAGUAAAACUAAGGAUUCUUCUUCACUUCAAGCAACUGCAAUUACAGAUUCUUCUAAGGUUUCUAUCGCAUCUAUCAAUUCCCAAGAUUGGAAGGAGUUUCCUCUGAGAGAUGGAGUGAUAGAAAAGAAUAUAUGCUCUGUAUCAACUUCUACUUUAAGUUCAUACUCAUCUUUACAAUCAGAAAGAAAUUCACCAAUUCUUGACCGUGAGCUAGUGAAAUAUACAGAAUCGAAAGUAAUAUCUACAGUACCACCUACGAUAGUGAAUGGAGACAGUCGAAGUCGAAGCCCCGCAAUUCUGGCUUCAGAAAUCCAGGAUGCUGAGGAAACUCCCGUUUUUCGAGACAGGUCAGCAGCAGAAACGGAAGCAGCACAUGAUCUUUUAGAGUUAUCAAGAUCUCUACCUCCUUUACCACCACCAAGUAUUGCAGUUGGUCCUCACAAUAUUGUAGAAUCUCCUGUUACUGAAAAUGUUCAAGAAAUAAGUAUCUAUCAAUCUAUAGAGCCUCCUAUUUAUCAAGUCAAUACAAUAGAUUUAACUGGAAAUACUGCAACGGUGUAUCAACAGCAACCAACAGGGAUAAUAUAUGAACCAACUAUCGUGCAACAAGCCUCUGGUGGUGUAUUUAUACCUCUGUCCCCAGUUCAAGAAAUUCUCUUUACUUAUACUACUCCGACGAUACCUUCUAUUCUUGCUACUCAAGUAUCUACGUUAGAAGCUCCUCCCUUAACACCACCGAUAUCUGAAUGUAGCAGUGACAUUGAAAAUAAUAAUCCAAACUUACAACCUAAUCAAAGGGAUAAAGAAGUACAAACUGUUAUUGAACAGACAGAAGUUAAAACUGCUUCCUAUACUUAUGAUACACUUCUCGUUGCGGAUGGACGAUCAAAAAAUAAGAAGCAAAUAAGUAAUAUUAUUAAUCAAAACAAUGCAAUCACAGAAAUUACUGUUGAACCGCUGGAAGUACCAAGAGCUGGUCGAUAUAUUUGUUGCGAAUGUGGCAAACAAUAUGCUACAUCAUCAAAUCUUUCUCGACAUAAACAAACUCAUAGAAGUAUUAAUUCUCAAUCUGCAAAAAAAUGUAUUCAUUGUGGCAAGGCUUAUGUCAGUAUGCCUGCUUUAGCGAUGCACGUACUAACUCACAAACUUACUCACAGCUGUGGUGUGUGUGGAAAAAUGUUUUCAAGACCCUGGUUGCUUCAAGGCCACCUAAGAAGUCAUACUGGUGAAAAACCGUAUGGUUGUGCUCAUUGUGGCAAAGCUUUUGCCGACAGAUCGAAUCUUCGUGCUCAUAUGCAAACUCAUUCCGUUGAUAAAAAUUACGAAUGUCCCAAAUGCCACAAGUCGUUUGCACUGAAGUCAUAUCUUAAUAAGCAUCUCGAGUCUGCUUGUCAAAGAGAUAAUGAUGAUGACAGCAGUAAUGAUAUUGAUUCACCAAAUCCUUCAUUAAGUUCUGCCGAACGAGAGAUCACCAGGAGGGUUGGAAUAAUGCACGCCAGGACACCCUCUUUUUUUUGACCCCCCCACUUUGACUGC